CGAAGGAAAGACCAAAGUAAUGAAGAUCAAGUCAAAAAAGACAGAGGAUGCGCCAGCGCAGUCAAUUAAAGUAUUCGGUAUACGAGUCUCAGGAUGGGAUGGAUGCAGUAUGAAAGAAGGAGCAGAACAAUGCGCCGAAAGAGAGAGGAACAAAGGAAAGCCGAAGUGAAAGAGUCAAUGAAUCGAAUGAAUGAUGGAAUGAAUGGUUCAAUAAAGGCGAGAACCUCAUCCCUUUAUAUGCCUAUUCACGCAGUCCUGUCUAGAUCCCCAGUCUCCUCUUCCCUGCCCUAUCCCAUCCCAUCCCAUCCCUGUCUAGGUAGGUCCUCCAAACUGCCCGACCUAAUAAUAACCGCCCACAGACCACUCACCUCCCUCGGCGCCUCUCGUCCAUUGAUCUCGGCGUCGACUGCUGCGUCCGAAACCCGCCGUCAGAGAUACGCGCGCGCCAAGGGCUGCAGGCAAACGGCCGUCGAGUUUCAUUCAGCGACAUCCGCAAGCGCCCAGCGGGUCGUGCAGAAUGGAGGGACUCUGAAGAACUGGACGAGUGAUCUGACUGGAGGAGGCCAGGCGCCGGGAAGAGAAAGGAAACAAGCUACGAUCUCCAGGGUUGAGCUAUAUUUAACUCCUGCACAACCAGGGCCUGCGAUUGGAUCUACCGGCGGGACUUCACGUCUACAAUGCACACCUUCGGAGUAACAAAAAUCAGGCAGAUGCCAAGUGACAGUCUUCCAAUCAAACUAAGUAUGCAACAGUCCUAUUCAAACCCGAACUGGAUCGUUUCAUCGGCGAAACUCCUUCCUCCUCUUCUCACGCUCUCCCUCCCCUCUCAGACUCAGCUCCUGCUAAAAUUAUCGAUGCUCAUUUGUAGACCCUCCUGAGGCAGAAAGGCCCCAAGACAAAAAUAAAAAAUAAAAAUCAAAUAUUGCUCCACAAAUACCAUGUUCCUGACCUAAAAGAAAAAAGCCAAG